AUGAAGUUCAAGAAUCCGUUCAGAGGCAGCAAGAAGGGAGCGGAAGACGCCGAGGCAUCCGCCAUUGUAGCAGAGGAAGACGCCUCGAAAAAGGAGCAAGACGUUCCCGCGUCCAAAAGGGCUUCUCAAAAGGAGGACGUUGCCUCUAAAAGACCUUCGAAGAAGGCUGAACCAGCCAAGAAGGCGGACGAGAGAGCCUCGAUGAGGUCCUCCGCCAAAAGUCCUCCCAAAAAGGAUCCACCACCUGCCACCUCCAAAAGAGCUUCCCAAAAGGUUCCACCGGCUGCCUCGAAAAAGGCGACAAAGAAGGACGAACCGACCGUGGUAGAUCUUCCCGAGAACUAUGUGGCGUUUGUGUUGCCGGGAGAUGCCGACCAAGAGCCAUCGGCCAAGGAUGUGGAGAUUUGGAGGAAAGGAACCGUCCAGUACAUUUCCAAAAAGCUCAAGGCUCAAUACGACUCCUUCUCGCAGUUGCAACUGCAAAUACUCGAGACUCAGUUUGGGCAGGGGAAACCAGCUCCACGAUUCCAUUUAUUUUUGAGAAUUAAAGCGGAUGUACACUUCAACACGUCUCAACAACAAGACGUCGCCGAAGUCUUUGAGCAGUACAUUAGUUCCUUCCAAAAAGACUACCUCGAAAAGGGACUUCGACCACUCCAAAAAUGCUCCCUCAAAUACGCCAAAGAAGUCCGGGCGCGGCGUCUGGGAUCCCAAGAAGCAGGAGCCGUCACGGCACCCAAAUUCUACAUUGCCUUUAUCGUGAAGGAACCAGCCAAGGAACCAACCCAAAAACAAAAGGACGACCUGGUGGAAUUGGCCAACAAGGAAUUUUCGCAACUCCUGACAAAUGAAUUUGAAGAUGCCUUUGACAAAUUAACCACGCUCCAAGUGACUGGUACCGAGCUCAAUGCCGGCAAACCAGAACCCGAUUAUAAUCUGUACAUUGAAAUGGAAGCCGUGGCUGCCUUUACGCGAGACGUUCCCGAACCGAUGGAUCUGUUUCGACCCAUGGCGAUUACGUCCGCGGAGUUUGGCAAAGACAUCAAGGCCAAUGUGAUUAAGGAUUACAGCAUGCUGGUCGUGCGCUGCACGUACGUCGAAACCUUGCCAGAACCAGACGAACCACCGCCACCCCCCGAUGACGACAAUGAGGAUGGAGAUCCCGCCGACGGCGACGAUGACAGUCCAGAAGGGGGGGAAGGAAAGGGAUCUGUCGAAACCGUCAAGAUGGAAUUGGGAUUCUACGUGGCACUCGUCCUGCAAGAUCUGGAAGGGAUACCCACCAAUCCACAAGUCAUGGACAAAAUGUUGACCGAGUUUUUCACGGAUUCUCUGGCGGCCAGUUUUCCCAAUUUUGUCAAUAUCCAGAUCGAAGGCAGCCCCGAGUACGAAGCGGGAAUUCCAUUGCCGAGAUUCAAUCUGCUGCAUCCCUACACGGCCACCCUGGAGUUUGAACAUCCACCUCCAGAAGGCGAUGAUGUCCUGAAAAAGAUUCUUUAUUGUGAUCUCCAGAGCCUCUACUCGAAAAUCAAAGCACUGCCGCCCCCUUACAAUGACAUGCUGGAAUUCACACUGGGGCGUGCACUGGAACAGCAAGUCACCGACCAGGCAUAUGGGGGCGAACUGGAUGAUGAGCAGAAACGAAAGGAAGCGGCACGGAAAGCAGCAGAGGAGAAGAAGAGAAAGGAGGAAGAGGCUGCUAGAAAAGCUGCGGAAGAAAAGAAAAGGAAGGAGGAAGAGGCAGCCAGGAAAGCUGCGGAAGAAAAGAAAAGGAAGGAGGAAGAGGCAGCCAAGAAAGCUGCUGCAGAGAAGAAGCAGAAGGAAGAGGCAGCAAAGAAGGCUGCAGAGGAAAAGAAAAAGAAAGAAGAGGCAGCAAAGAAAGCUGCAGAAGAAAAGAAAAAGAAGGAAGAGGCAGCCAAGAAAGCAGCUGCAGACAAAAAGCAGAAGGAAGAGGCAGCAAAGAAAGCUGCAGAGGAAAAACAAAAGAAAGAAGAGGCAGCAAAGAAAGCAGCUGCAGAGAAGAAAAGGAAGGAGGAAGAGGUAGCAAAGAAAGCCGCAGCAGACAAGAAACAGAAAGAAGAGGCAGCCAAGAAAGCAGCUGCAGAGAAGAAACAGAAGGAAGAUGCAGCAAAGAAAGCAGCUGCAGAGAAGAAACAGAAGGAAGAGGCAGCAAAGAAAGCCGCAGAGGAAAAGAAAAAGAAAGAAGAGGCAGCAAAGAAAGCCGCAGCAGACAAGAAAAAGAAGGAAGAGGCGGCCAAGAAAGCUGCUGCAGGCAAAAAGCAGAAAGAAGAGGCAGCAAAGAAGCCUGCUGCUGACAAGAAGAAGCAGGAAGCAACUCGUCGCAGCAGCGACAUCAGCGUCGAUGAUGGACCGACUGAGAUUGUGGGAACCGCCGACGUGUUCAUGGCAUUGAAUAUUCCACAAUGUCCACGUGAGCCCACGAAAAAGGACUACGAUGCUCUGAGAGCUACAACUCAAAAGUUCUAUACCAAACAUCUGAAAAAGACUUUUCCCACAACCUUUCUCAAGGUGGAGGUGGCUGUGGCCGUUGCAGCCUUCGGUGAGAACAAACCAAACGACAAAUACAACGUGUAUUUGGAAUGGGAUAUCAAUGCAAUUUUCAAGCAAUCAGGAGAUGCACCAGAUCGCUUCAAGCUCUGUAAUUCUCUGAUCACCAUUGAUUUCAAUGUCUAUGUAAAAGACCACGUUUGGUCCUUGCAAGGCACUCCGUUUACGGGUGCUCGUGCAGUGUACACUCAACAAGUGAACUCGUGGAAGAAGUGA